UGCAGCGGCCGUAGCCAAUGGCGGCGUGAGUUCGGCUACGGACAGAGGUUCGCAGAAGUAGACAAGGAAAGUUUCUGCGUGUGACAAGCAGCAGCGCAGUUUGCCAGCCAGACGCGACACACGUGUGUGUAGCAGCAGAAGCGGCGGCCGGAGCACGCGGCCGUAUUUUUAGCGGUUGCGCCGACUUGUUUCAGGAAGGGAAGAGGACGGCAGACUCUCUCUCUCUCUGUCGUGACUCCACUCUGGUCCGGUCAGCAGCUGACAGCGAGGCAGCCAUGGUGGAUACCGGAGACAACCAACCCUACAGCUAUGAGCAGGUUCAGGAGAUUGCACAGUUCCUACUAGACAGAACAAAGACACGACCAAAGAUAGCCAUAAUUUGUGGUACAGGCCUAGGAGAUCUGAUAGAAAGUGUUACACAGCGUCAAAUAUUUCCUUAUGAAGACAUACCUGGAUUUCCUGUGUCAACUGUUGUUGGACAUGCUGGGAAACUUGUGUUUGGUGUUUUGAAUGGAGUACAGGUCAUGUGCAUGCAGGGACGUUUCCACCCAUUUGAAGGAUAUCCAGUAUGGAAGUGUGCUAUGCCAGUGAGGGUCAUGAAGUUGUGUGGCAUUACUCAUCUGAUUGUUACAAAUGCAGCUGGAGGGAUAAGUGAGCAUCUGGACGUUGGUGACCUUAUGAUCAUUAAGGACCACAUCAACUUGCUUGGAUUUUCUGGAAAGAACCCUCUCAUUGGGCCAAAUGAUGAAAGGUUUGGACCUCGGUUCCCUGCCACUGUAAAAUGUUAUGACAGAGGAAUAAGGAAAAAAGUCAUGUCUAUUGCCAAAGAGAUGGGCAUCACUGAGAUCAUCAAAGAAGGAGUAUACACGGCACAAGGUGGUCCUGCAUUUGAGACUGUUGCAGAAACACGCUGCCUCAAGGCACUGGGUACUGAUGCAGUUGGCAUGAGCACAGUGCACGAGGUGGUGACAGCGCGUCACUGUGGGCUGACGGUGUUCGGGAUGAGCCUCAUCACCAACCGGUGUGCACUCAGCUACGACCAGGAGGAUGAGGUGACCCACGAGGCGGUCCUCGAAGUCAGCAACUCCCGCGCCAAACUCCUCCAGCAGCUCAUCUGCAGGCUGGUGCCCCUUGUGCUCCAAGAGUAGUGCCGCUACAGCCACUCCACACUUUACAUCUUCCAUUCCAACUAUGUUAUUUGUUAAUCUAAUUAUGUUACUGUUGUGAUAUGCCAGUGUCUUUUAUACACAGUAUACCAGUGAGUUUAUUAAACUACUUUUCAUUUUUA